AUGACAACGACAAAGACGAUUGGACACAAUUUCGGGAAUGGUUUUCAAAGGAAUUCCAAAAGCUUCUUGUCCGAAAAUUGUAUCCCUCUGUGGCGCCACUGUCGGCCAUUGCGAUGCUACGAAUCCGGUCGUCGGAUCGCACACAUGGUCGCAUACAUCAAUCAAUUCUAUAUAGUAAAGUUAAAUAAAAUUAGCGGGAGCGGAUCUCUGCUACUUCAAUCAUAUGCAUCCAGAAUGGAUCUGCCGGCAACUCAAAUUUGUUAUGAUUAUGAUGACAUGCCGACUCAAAAGAUUGAACAGCCCAUAGAAAAGGGACAUAAUGUGCAGGUUGCCGUAUUGACCGUCAAUUCUAUUUCAUAUCCCAUUUAUAAAGGUAUCAGUAAGAUAGGACGUCAUCCGGAUUGUAAUGUUAUUUUUAACGAUCAGAGUAUAUCGAAAUAUCAUGCAGAGAUAGAAAUAAAUACGUCCCCAGUGAAUGCUUGGAUAUGCGAUCUGAAUUCUUCGAAUAAAACAAUAGUCAAUAAUAUUGUUUUACGGCCUACGCGUUAUUACGAAUUAAGGGAUAACAGUACCAUUGAAUUUGGCAGAAUAAAAGCGAUUUAUAAGACGUGCCGUUUAGAAAAUGAAUUUGUCAUUCCCGAAACACCACUACAGUAUAAACAAAAGAAAAUAACACCUAUAAUUCCAGAAUCGCCAGAUUCUUUAUCGAAUAAUUCGUCAGUUAUUAAUGGAGAUGAUUCGACGAUUGCGACAGUCCCGCAAGAAUGUCUCAGAAAAUCUAUUUGUUUGCGGGCAUCUAUAAAUCAGGAAAAGUCGCAAAAGGUGUUGAAAGGCAACGGCAAAGAUAAUAAAGUUGGUACGUUGUCGGAUUCGAUGCAGGACGUUAAUAACGAUGAAUCUAUCGUUCGCCAGUUAUCCGAUAAAAAUAAUAGGAAGCAAACUUUCGAGGGGAAUUUUAAUGUCAUUACCUGCGAACAGAAUGAUCCAAGUACAAGCUGCGAAUCGGAUGAUAUAUUUGAAGCGGCUACGCAACGCAUUGACGUUGAUAUGAGUAUGGAAAGUGUUAAAGGUCCAUCUCCGUCGAAAGGGAGAAAGACCGAUGACGUAGAUGUUGAUAUAGACGGUGGUACGACUCGUACUGGAAAUAUAUCUAGUACUCCGAUAAAGAAAACUAAUCGAGUUGAAGAAUUGAAAAAGAUAGAAAAGGAUAUUGCAUUGGCGACUAAGUGCAUUCAAUCGAGAGAGAUUGAAAAUAAUAAAGGGGAAAAUAAAGUGAAAGAAAAUGGGAAUGAUAUCGACGAUUUCGAUAAGUUAGAAACCCAAUUGGUAUGCUUACCUGACUUUAUUAAUGACGCAAAGAAAAGAAAAAGCGACGAUAUCGAUGAUAUUGAUACGUUGGAUACCCAAAUAAUAGAUUUUUCAGAUUCGAAUCGUGGCGCGAAUAAUCCAAGGACUUGUGAAAAGGUGAACGACAUUAUCGAUAUUGAUUUAUUGGAUACGCAACCAUUGAGUGAAGUCCAUGGCACCUCGUCGUCUGCCGCAGCCAAGGGGGUGGCCAUUAAACAAUCGAAUUCAUCCAAUAAUGUUAGUAUAGAAGAUAUAGAUUAUGAGACGGCGUCCACCCAAAUAAUCGAAGAGAUGGAAAUAUUGUCGGAUACGCAAGAGGAUAAUAGGAUUAAAAGUACAGAUAGAUCUAAAAAGAGCAAGCGUAAAGUCAAUCUUACCGAUAGUCUCGAACAGAAAUUAAACGAUAUGUUCGACGAGGUUAACGACGAAGAGAUAAACGAUACAACGAUGAUAUCGACUCAAUGUCUUGAAAAUAUUUUAGAGGUAUCCCGGUGUAAUAACGUUUCAACGUUUGACAAAGAUUUAAAUGAAAAAUUGGCCGAAUCAAGCCGACGAAGAACGUCGGCGGAUUCCCAGGAUGACGAGGUAUAUUUCGGUGGGCUUGUUUCUAAAAGAAAACGAAACGUUCUUGCCGAUUCUCAAGAAAUUGUUCGUUCAAAAGUUUCGACUAAUAAUCGCCGCGGGACUAACAGAGUUUUAGCCAUCGAACACGAUUUAUUGAAUAGCUUUGAGAUUCCUUCGAGCGUUACUUCGAAGAAAACGAACGUCGGCGAACGUACGGAAACGGCAAAAUUGUCGGACGACGAUAUCUUAACUCGAUUGCCGGAAGUUAAUAUAUCAGGUACACUUUCGGAUCCAAACGCUCGCAGGUCGUUGGUCAAGCAAAUCAAAUCUACGUCUCGUACUGAUAAUAAAAAGACCGUCAAAAAAUUGGACACAUCCAAAGUCCGAGAAACGAGAUCUAGCAUUAAUAAAAACGUACCCGUGGCGGAAGUGGAAGAUGUCAAUUAUGAAAAUGUAAAAAGAAUGGCCGAGGAUUUGAUUUCCAACAGGGAUAAUAAAUUGAGUCGUUCUGUGCUAGUAGGAAUGGCUAAAAGGGGGAAAAAAGGAAAGAACGUAAAGUUAACUGAUAAGCCAUCCAAAGUUAAAAAGAUAACUAAAUUGGAUAAGGUAGAAAGAGAAUCCGAAAGUAUUUUAACUUAUGUUACCGACCAAGUCCCACCAAGAAGAAGGAAUACUCGAUCUAUGAGCUUGGCGGACUCCAAAAAAGAGAUCGAAGAACGUCGAGCGAGAGGUAAUAAUAAUAGGGAAAACGAUAACACCCCUAAUACCGAUCUAAUAAUGGGAGAGGAGUCGCAAGAGGUUGCGAUGAUUAUGAACGUUUCCUCGAUUAUCGAGCCAAGAAAUAUUCGAAAACGUAAAGUAGCUAAUCUAACGAAUUCGGACGAUGAUACGUUAAACGUCAAUAACGUAAAAGGUAAAACGAACGAUGCUUCAUACGAAGCAUCCAAAUCGCAAUUUAAACGAAUCAAAUUUGGCGGAAAUAAUUUGUCGCAAUUGUCCGUUGAUUAUUCUAUGACGGAUGAUUCGUCAUUGAUCGUUGCGAACGAAAAUGAUUCUGCGAUAUCAUCCAAUGUUCGGUCUACUCGUUCGACGCGAUCGAAUACGGAGAAACGAAAAAAUGAUAAUAAUACGAGUAGUUCAAAGAAAAUGGAAAGGAAGAACGAUAUUUUGACGGAUAGAGGAAAUAAUAGGAAAACUCCAACGAUAACUUCAACGCUUGCAACACGUAGAAGCGCGUCCUUUUCAAGCCCGAAUACCUCAUCAUUUUCUGCAAAAGAAAAAAUUCUCUUUACCGGUAUAGCGGAUGACGAAUAUGCUAAAGUAUUAAAACUAUUAGGCGGUACAAAGGUAGAAGAUCCUUCGAAAUGUACCGUAUUGGUUACAGACAAAAUACGUAGGACAAUUAAAUUUCUUUGUGCAUUAGCAAACGCAGUGCCGAUAGUAUCUGUAAAUUGGUUACACGAAAGCAAACGAGCUGGCCGUUUCUUAGAUUGGGAAAAUUAUAUGUUGAAGGAUCCAGCUAUGGAAGCUAAGUAUGGAUUUAGAUUAAGAAAGAGCUUGGAUAAAGCUAGAGAAAGAAAAUUGUUAGAUGGUUAUGUGAUUUUGUUAACUCCAAAUAUAUUAUCACCGCCUAUAUCGGAAUUGAGAACUAUGAUCACGUCGUGUGGUGGCAAAGCUUUAUUACGACCAUCUUCGAGAUUGACAGAAAAAACAAUAAUUAUAAGUCAUCAGGAUGAUUUGGAUAAUGCGCGAAAAUUGUUAUUAAAAGUACCUAAAAGUGUAACGAUACAGUCUACCGAGUUCCUUUUAAUUGGUAUUUUAAAGCAAGAAUUAGAUUUCGUUCGGCAUAAAUUAAUUUAAUCCCAUUGCAAUUAAUUUUAGCUCGUCAGUGGUACCCAUGUGAUUAUUAUUAUAAUGAAAGUUAUUACUUUUUUUUUUCUUUUGCUACGUAAUACGGACAUUUUCUCUAUACUCUCAAGUAUUUUAAUGAAAUCAUUUGUAUUAUCGUUAUAAUAAUUUUACUUAAGCAAUAUAGACGCAAAUGUUUGUGUAUAAAUAAAUAUUUUGGAAGAUAGUCAAUGGCAAAACCAAUGGGUUUUGGUGGAACGUUAAUUUUUCGCUAUAAAAAUAAGCGGAUGGAAUUUGUAUAUUUCUUACUUAUUAACAUAAAAGUGAAGAGAUUCUUUUCCACAUAUGUAAUAUUUUCUACCGUGUAGUUCAUAUAUUUAUAAAUAAAUUAAAUUUAUAACCUAAUAACGCAAAGAGCGAUGCAACAUUUAAAAAGAUAUUCCAUUUUAUUAGUUUUUAUUUUGUUUUAUAUCAAUUGUUACACUGAUCUUAACGUAAUAAUAUAACACACUUAAGUAUCAAAGAUUUUUCAUUUAUAUAAGUUGUAGGGGAGAAAAAUUAAACUUAUUGAUAUACUACUACGUCGAUGAUUUGACGAAAAGUGACACGACGCGAGCUAAGAAAAUAAAGCUCAUGUUUGUUUCGUUUAAUGUUCAAACCAGAAUCCGCUGCUCUACAAAAGAGAGAGCACCAGUAAAGUUUAAAAUCGCAACUAUUUCGUAUCUUUUCGUUUGUUUUUUCUUUUCUUUUCUUUUCCUUUUCUUUUUUUUUUCACGAACGAAUCAAUGGUACGUACGCAAACGAUGUCGAUCGUUUACGCUACUCCGAGCGCGAACAUGAUCAACGAUCUUGACAUACCAUAGAAACUCCAUCAUCUAAUAAUAAUAUAUCUUUCCUAGGAGAGUAGUCCGAAUAAGAGGAAAGAAAAAAGAAACUUAUGUCAUAAGCUAUCAAUCGAAAAUCUAUUCCGAUAUCACUAUCUUAUUAAUAAUUUUAUUGCGAAUGAGAGAAGUCAUGAUCGAUGAAUAAAUGCAUUUGUCGACAACGUUUUUAUUUAUAGCUGAGAGUCCGUAUAUCCGGAUGGAAGUUGAGAUGAGAUUAUACUUCCACGGAAGUGCGGCGGUCAGUGUUAAAGAGAGACCUGGAACGAACGCAAACAAAAGAAUAUAAAUAUAAAUACGUGUGUGUGUACAUGUAUAUAUAAGCGCCGCACAUAAUACACAACGUGGUGCGUACUCGCCGCGUAAAGCUUUCUUUUUCAUUAAUUUCUUACGACUAACGACGUAUUAAAUUAGCACGCUAUAAAAGUAAGAGAAUUCAUUGAAAGUUUUCUUUGAAAAUGUUGGGCGUAGAAUAAGCGAAUGCACUUAAAAUGGCUGCCGCGUUAAGAAAAGUAAGACGCAGUACACAGAGAGAGGAUCGAUUUAUUAAUUUUUAACGGUAGAGAAUGUAAAAGUCAUUGCGUAAUAUUAGAGACAAUAUUUCUCGAAACUAACGUUAAGAAAAAGUAAUGCGAUUCUGGAAUGUGUCAAUUCGACGGGGAAAGAAGAGUUAGAAAAAAGAAAAAAAGAAAAAAAAAUAAAACGUUAUCGAGGGAAGAAGUGACAACAAGAUAUACAACGAUUGAUCGAACACGUAAUAUACGUAUAUAUAUUUGUGUAUAUGGAAUAAGAGAAAAAUUGAGGACAAAGAAUAUAAAAUAAUAUUUACCAAAAUCUAUUUACGCUUUGGUCUUUCCUUGUUGCCUUUUGUUAUGUUCGGAAUUCAUGAGCUUCGUUAAGAUCUUUCUGGAAUGGCCGCUCGGAUCGAAAUGAUUGGUAUGAGCGUCGGCUUCGCGUUUUGAUCGUUGUUUGCCACCGUGACCGGUGAAAAUGUGCUUGUCGUAAUCGUAAUUGAAGUGCUCGUAUUCGUCGACGUAGUAGUUAUCGGACAUAGUUUCUGCUUUUGUUGUAUCACACAAAAGAGACUUUGAAAAGUGCGUAAUAGCGGAGACUUCAAGGAGAGAGAGAGAGAGAGAGGGAGACUGGAGAAAAAAAAUUCCACCGUCUUAUGCGUUGAUCGUACCGAGUCUACGCUCGAUUCGAUACUAAUUUCUAUGACGUUCUUGCGAGCACCUCUUUUAUAGGAUACGCUAGAACGGCUUUGCGCAUGCGUGAUUCGCAGUAACGUAUAACGUCAUAACAAAGCCCUGUCAUUUUAUCUCUUUUUCGUCAUUUUCAUCGUAAACUAGACUAGAGACUAGAUUCUUUCGCUUAUCGUGUUCGCCUGAAGAAUCGCUAACGUGGAUUUACGUGAAAAAACGAGAGAGCGAGUGUGUGUGUGUGUGUGUGUGUGUGUGCGUGCGUGCGUGCGUGUGCGUGUGUUGGGAGAGAUUUAAUCGGUUUAAUUAGGAAAAGAAAAUUUCUCGAUACUUUUUAUUCGCGUACAAUUCGGAGAGAAUAGGUGCGCUAGUGCCGCUGAUGUUACCGCACGGAUACGUAGCGAUAUUUAUCAUCCUAUAUGCAAUAUCGUAUUUCGCAUAUACACGUCGAGGAAAGAUUCCUUGACCGGUUAUAAUCGGACAUUAUUGUGUCUUGUCUCGGCGAGAAAAGAAAAAAAGGACAAAAAAAGAAAAAGAAAAGGGAAAAAAGCGAGUUUGUCAAAUUGCAACGUCGACGGGUGUGGUGGCUUUAUGAUGUAGCGUGUAACCGUAGCGUUAACAAAAUCGUAUUAAUGUAUAAUUUCCGGGGCGAUGUAAUUACCGCGCUGAAAUUAUACCUCAUUUGCUGACGUCGUCGUCUUCGAGCUAUCUUCAUUGUUAUUAGCGUUUUCUCGGAUGGAAAUUACCUUCUCUGACGAUUUCUACAAACUAUUAAAAUUCUUCAGAAGAAUUCAAGUUAUUUGGGAAGAAGAAAAGGUAAUAUCGAAAAUCGUAUCUCGCUAUCGAUUUAAUAAACAUUUUAUUACAACAAUCGAACGAUUCUCAUUUGAAAGAAGGCGAAACUUUUUUAAAAUUCCUCUUAUGAUGAUUCUUCUUUUCCCUAUCGAGGAGUAGAGUCCCGUCUCCUUCGGAGAAUUUAUAUCCAUAAAUAACUAUAAAAUUGGAAAAAAGUAGAAGCUGUUCUGCGUGAUAGCAUCGACUCGAACGAAUCGGCUAUUUUUUUUUUAAUUGACAUUAAAUAGAACGCUUUCUUUCGUGGACAUUUGCUUUCGUCCGACGGCACUUGAUAAAAUUCUAAGACGACGAGAGGUGAUUAGUUAGAGGUUCGAAUGUAUCUUUGCCAAGAAGACGUUCCCUCUGGCAAUUUUUCGAUAUAAUCUUUCGUUAGUACAAGAGAAGAAAACUGAUAGAGAAAAAAGGAAGAGCGAGAAAUGUAGAGGAGAAGAUGAUACCUUGGAAUUAAUCUGCCGCCUUUCUCGAGUGAAAUGCAUUAGCGAGCGAGCUUAAUACUCUCUCUCUCUCUCUCUCUCUCUCCCCCUCUCUCGACACAGAUUAUAAAUUAUUUAAUUAAGUGCUCUUUCAAGGUAGACAGAUGCAUCGUUAUGUUUGAAUAUGUUGAAAAGGUAAGAACGAUCGAGUCUUCGAAGGAAUCUACGAAAGUUAAUUAGAGGAACAUGGAAAGAGUAAAAAGGGUAAAUGAUCUUUUCGGAAAAUAUCGCGGAGUCUCUUUAGACGCAGCUUGAACGUAUAACAAUACUCUGAUUUCUCGAACGUAAAAUUUGAUAUUGAAAUAUCAAACGAUGGAAUGGCACGGAUACACAAAUAUAAAUAACGCUUACCGUUAUCUACGCUAUCUCAUUUUACAACGUUCUUUAAAACAUUUUUCUCUGCUUACAUUCCUUUCGCGUUACGAUACGACAGAAAAUUUGAAAAUCGCAAUCCGAUCCUAACGGGAUAACUACAGUGAGUUAUCCCGUGGCAUCUAAGAAUCAAGAAGGUGUCUACUACGAUGUCCGUCGGUGCGAUAUAUGCCGUUAUUUGCAUAUGCGAAUAUUCGUAAAAAGAGAGAAAGGUUUUAACGAAAAUAAAGGCCUUUGCGGCGAAAUAAAAAUGAAAGGAACGAGAAUUGUAAAAGAGUCUGCUGUCUCGUACACGGUCAAAUGUCAUACGACUCGGUUAUUCCUUUUAUCAUCGAUUAAUUAAUUCGUGGUGAGCCAACAUUAUAAUAUUAAUAUAAGCAUCAUUAUAUAAAGAGUAUCUAUAUAAGGAUAAUAUAACCGGAUAAAAUUCAUAAGCGAACGAGAAAAAAGAAGAUAUUUAUUUCUUUUCGAUAAAAGCUCCGUCAAUAUUCAUUCUUGCACGAAGAGAAUACUAUAGUUUUUUGUGUUAUCGAUGAUUAUACAUUUACAAGAUUUCCUUGUCAGAUCAUCGAAAAGCCUUAAGGAUAUUUGAAGGAAAAUCAAAAUACCUUGCGCGUAUUUCGCACAGGAACGUCAGGAUACUGAAGUAACUUUAUUUACGAGGACAGGGUGAAGCGGGAAAUCGAUAAUCGAUGGUUCGACUUUCCGGGAACCAACAAAAUCCCCUUCGAUGUCUAUUCUGCUACGUUUUCCAUAACUCGUCAUUCAACGCACGUGCGCCGAUGGAAUAACAUUUGAAACUCGUAAAUAUAUCGUCAGGUAUAUCAAUGCCACGAAGUUUUCGUCAUUUUCGUCUCUCUCUCUCUCUCUCUCUCUCUCUCUCUCUCUCUCUCUCUCUCUCAUGAUAAAAAUGAAAUCCCGUUGCCGCCAUCCGUCGAACGAGAUUCGAAUUCUUCGGCGUCCGAAGGAAAAAGGAACAAAAGACCGACAAAACAAUAUCCAAAUGAGAAAAUUGUUUAACCUAAUUGGACUUUGCGAACCCGAUAUCCGGUAUAGAAAGAGUUUAUUAUUGAUUUUAAGAAGAAAAAUAAUUCGAAUACCUGCCCAAGUAGUUUGAUGUUUCGUAAAAAGAAAAAUAUAAUUUAUGAUAUAAUUGAAAAAAUUUUACUAAGUAUUACACUUAAUUUCAUUCCCAUCUACGAGGAAUUCUCUCCAUCGAGAUGAAUCUCCGUCGUUAUUCAUUGAUACGAAGAUGAAUCGAUAGAUGUUCGGAAAAAAGUGACGAUACGAAGGAUGCUUCCUUAUCGAUAACAUUCCAAAGAGGAGAUUGGCCUUUGAUAGAUAUUACGACGGUAGUCGUGCUGCUGCUAGCGAAUGGCUUUAAGGAGAGCAAGGCCACCUACCGAUAGGAUAGGAUAUGAUCGAAAAAGAAAGAAAAUAACGUAGAAAGAUUCUCUGUUUGUACGGACAACGAGUGUGGUCGAUCGACACGCGACCGUUAAAAAAAAAGAGAGAGGGAGAGAGAGAGAGAGAGA